GUUCAUGGAGCCCUACAUCUUUGGCUGCCGCCUGGAUCAGGACAUCAUUGACUUGGAUCAGACGAUGCAGCACCUCCAGCUGGCACUCAACUUCACCGCCCACGUCGCCUACCGCAAGGGCAUCAUCCUCUUCAUCAGCCGCAAGCGCCAGUUCUGCCACCUGGUCGAGAGCACGGCACGGGAAUGUGGGGAGUACGCCCACACCCGCUACUGGCAGGGUGGUCUGCUCACCAACGCCCGCGUCCAGUUCGGGUCUAGCGUCCGCCUGCCCGACCUCCUCAUCUUCCUCAGCAGCCUCAACAAUGUCUUUGAGCCUCACGUUGCCAUCCGGGAUGCUGCCAAGAUGAACAUCCCCACGGUGGGAGUGGUGGACACGAACUGCAACCCCUGCUUGAUCACCUACCCCAUCCCCGGCAACGACGACAGCCCCACCGCCAUGGAGCUCUACUGCAAGCUCUUCAAGAUGACCAUCAUCCGCGCCAAGGACAAGAGGCACCAGAGCGAGGUCUUUGACGAUCUGCGGAGCAAAGCAGAGGGCAAUUAGAGCCCUGGGGACAGGCUCAGC